UCUUUUAUUUGAAUAGGUGAGCUAAUUCCGACCGCCAUUUUGAAUUUUGAGGAAGUGAAGCAGGUGAGAAAGCGUUGCUUAUUUCACUCCGUUAGUACAUAAUGUGAAAACUUGAGGAACUUAACAAAUUAACGAUGGGAUUUCUCAGGUGUGCCUUCACCUGCGUGAUUCUGGCCCUGUUCUUCGUCUGGACUGGAUCAGGGAGAAGUGUUUUUGAAUGGAUGAGGCCAGACAAUUUUGAUGAGAUUAUGGACAAGUUGUCUUCUGUAACCGAGGAGAACUGUCGCUCAAAACCCAAACAUGAGCUCGAGCUUCCUGGCGCGUCAGUGUCGCAAAAACCGCGCUACAACAUGCUUCUUACAUCAGUGAUAUACUCCAACAGAUCUCAACUUCUACAUCUGCACAACAUGGCCUUGAAUAGGGCUCAUUAUUAUAGUUUCAUCUACCAGAGACUAAACAGAUCAGUAGAUUUCAACUAUCAGCCUGGACUGAUGUAUUUAUAUAUGUCGGCAACAGCCGAUGUGACUGCUAGUGAAGGGUUCCUAAACGGUUCCGCAAUCUUUUUUGAUAAUCAUUGUUAUUAUCCAAACUGGUACAACAAAAUUUUAGAUUUCAACAAGACCACGCCAUUGUUUGGUCCAAGAGCGUGGAGGGAGGAUGAUUACGCAGAAACAACGAACUACCUCCGAGAACCCACGAACAGGACGGUGGAUAUUCAUGAUUACGGGGCUGGUUGGAACAAAAACUACUCCAAUCAGGCUUACAAAACAGCCCCGUGGUACUCACCUUGGAUGCCAGAUAUCACGGGAGAGCAGGAUUCAUUGACUAAGUUUACUUAUGUAGUGGGUAUAAAAUUUUCAAACAAAACUGGGACGUUUAUAGAUAAUGAGUUUGUGGCGAUUCCUUAUUUUGGUCCGCCACAGCCAGGAAUUAACGACCGAGAGGAGAAUUCUCCGUCACUUCCGGUGCAGUGGAGCAAACCUUACUUCGAUUGUGGAAGGUCCAAUAAAUGGAUAGUAACAGCCAGCGCACCUGUUGUGGAGUACAUGCCGCGAUACUCUCCCUUCAUUCAUUUACGAAGACCAAGAACUGUAGCGGUCUCUGCCAUGGAUAUAGAGUUUGAGAGAAUAGACAUUAACCCCUGUCCCAUCAGUGAUGGUAAUCCAGAACCAAAUUACUUUGCUGGCACAGCGAGAUGCAAACCAACCACAAUGUGCGAAGUGAUACCUGGUUAUGGCUUCCGUCGGGGCGGUUACCAGUGCGUUUGUAAGCCCGGAUAUUACUACCCAUGGUGGCAUGACGGACCUUUCCUUGGGAUUGAAAUUGAGCAGGCUACCGGGACCGAAUACGACGCUUGGUUUGAUUGUCUGGCUGUGGAAGAACAAAUGGUGCCUCCCAAUGAGAUGCCAAGCUUUGUGGAAAGAAAGAAAAGAUCUUCCUCUCUUCAGGACCGUUUCAUUGACGUCAUUUCUGCUGCUGACUCUAGCCCGCGUGUUUCAAUGGGAAAACUAUCUACUACAGAGAAUGCAGGGAAAAGACAAAAACGUUCUGCCUCAAAGAAAGUCAACAAGUUGGUGGCAAAGAGAUCUGCAUUUAAAACAGUCAAACAAAGAAUGCAGGAGCGAAGAUUUAUACCUCGGUACCCCGGAGAGAAGAGAUUUAUGAGGCAUAAACGAGAUCUAUUUGAUCAGGAAAUGUACUCAAGAAUGGAAAAGAUUUUAUACCGAAAGCAAACCACGAAUAAAGAGAACUGCAUGACAAAGCCAGAUUAUGAGUUGUACUUACCGGGUGAUGCAGGAUAUGGCGCUGACAAACGAUUCGAAGCCGAGGCUCGCACUGCAUUGAGAUUGGCACACUUUCUGUGUGAUUUCCUUCAAAACAUCGACGAAUAUGAAGACUUCGGAAGUGUAAGAGGAGACAAGAGAUUAAAUGAGACACACAUAUUUGGUGAAGUUCUCGCAAAUGUCAUGAGCAACUUCAAAAUUCUAGGCAGUGGCGUUUUCUUUGAUCGCUACAAGUUCCGAAUGUCGCCGCCUAUUAAUAACACUGAUCCCCGAUUUGUACACGGUAUCACCCGGGAGUACUUCGGACCAUUUGCAUACACAUAUAUGUCUGCAGAUACCGACGGAUUGGAAAAGUUCCGUGCUUUAGACUAUGCUGGUCUGAAAUCUCCAUAUACCCAAAAGAGGUGGUUUAGAGACAUGAAGGCAAGAUGGCAAACGAACUUUGAGGGCCUGAAACAAUACACCGCCAAGCCUAUGGUUCGUUCUGACCCUAACGGAACUAGCUUAGUGAGAUGGGAGCACUACCCAUUAAAAUAUUUUGCUCCAAAAUAUGAACACGGAGAAUGGCUGAGACCUACCUUUAAGUGUGAUGGAAUGGUAGAUGAGUGGGUCGUGACAUACAUAGCACCAUUCUUUGGAACGAAUGCAUUAAAGACUCGGCUAGAAUUUCAUGGAGUGGUUACAGUUGAUGUCAAGUUAGACUUCUUAGAAAUCCAUCAGUGUCCUGGAGAUUAUUCGGUGGCAAAUGCAUUCAAAAACACAGCGCGUUGCCACUUUAAAUCGCAAUAUUGUAUACCUUUACCUCUACAAACCCCCACCCAGCGCUACCUCCGAGGAGGGUACAAGUGCGAGUGUCGUCAAGGUUACGAGUACCCCUUCAAUGACCUCAGCUGGUUCUUCGAUGGUCAGAUGAUGGAAGAGGAAUAUAACAAAAUGUUACGAGGAGAGCCCAAUAGAUACGACACGCUGAAAUGCAGAAUAGCUGGAGCGGCCUCCAUUACAUUGAGCUGGGUGCUUCUGUCAAUAUCUUCUUUUAUCUAUCUUCUCUGGACUCGUAUCUAAAUAUUACAGUGCAUUUCCUAAUUUAAAUUUUCUUUUUUCCCCUUUGAAAUCUGUUCUAGUCUUCUACGCAAGUAAGUACAGAAAAGUAACCGGAAAAUAACCAUGGGUCACAUUUUAGACCAAAAAUACAAAUAUCUGAAUUAUGAUAUACAUGCAUGAUGAUUUUUUUUUUACAUUCUUAAAGUAAUAAAUUAUUUGGAAUAACUAGUUUGCAGGAUUUUUUAAAUUGAUUGACGUGUUUUUCAGUAUAAAUGCUCAAAAACAAUGUUAUCAUUAAAUAUUUUAAGUUGUUUUUAUCAUUAUUAUAUGAUUAUACUGUUACAAUUUUACUUUGUAAACUGUAACCUCGUGCCAUUAAUGCCAAAAUGAUUGUUCGUUGUUAGUGCAGUUGAAAUGUAUAAAUGCUUGUGAUUUUAAAUCGAAUGUACGUAUAUGAUUCAAUGAAAAUUAACGAAUGUAUGCAAGACCGCUUGAAAAGGCAUCCAUUUAAUGUAUUUUAUGUAUAUAUCUACCUGUAAUGGGCAUACAAUAUUGUAUAAAUAGAUCAUAUACAUAUACAUGUAUUUUUUUUUAACAUAAGUGCUUUUAAAAUCUAACGCUUCUACGUAUGCAAGAACUUUGUUUUCUCGUGCCAUGUAUAUAAUUAUGAUUUCACAUACAGAAGGCAUAUUACCCAAGAAAUCUUCAGAAUGGUCAAUAAACUUCUGUUUCUCUAACCUUAUCAUGUCACUUUGUUACCAAGAACUUUGGUGUAUAACCUAGAAAAUUCCACUACUGUUGAAUACAUGUCAAAUUCAUUAAUUGUUUUGUUUUUAUACAUGUUUCCUUGAUAAAAUAUUUUUGAAUUCUAGAAAAUAUCUAGUCUAAAAGCCAUAUUUUUAUGAACUACGUAUACCGGGGGAAUAGGUAAGGCGCCUUAAUUGUGAUUUUUUUAUUGUAUGUAAGUAUGUACAUAAUAUUUUCAUAGAUUAUUUUUUUAUACUACCAUGAAAUGAUAAUAAAAAUGAACAAAUACAAA